UGGCGGCGGCUUACGUCGGUAGUAGAGAGGCGACGUCGACCAUUUCCCAAAUCAGAAACGUUCAGAGGGGGGAGAAGCUAAGAGGUGUGCUAUCGCGGGGAAACGUCAAUAAGAUCCCUGUCAAUGUAGUUUGUAGUUAGCAGCAAGCAAGAGCUAAAUGGUCAACGUGUGAACUGCAACAAGUGGAAACUCAAGAUCAUGUACGAAUCCUUCUGGAAAGUUUUCAGUUUUUUACAAACUCUUCAGAACAGUCUAUCCUAACCGGAAGGAUGUACUUCAAUUCGCUAUUUUUUCCGAACAUACCUGAAAUACCAACAGAAAAUUUUUCGUGUUCAAUACCUGGAUUAUAUAGGACACUACUUUAUACUGAAAAGCGAAAUGGGCCUCUUAGCCAUGGUGAUUUGAUAGGUUAGUUGCAUGGGAUAUGAGGACUGUUUUAGCAGUCUUAUGGGUCUGUGUCAUCGCAGAAACAAGAGAAACCUUCUUUAGAAGGCCGAGUGAUUUUUCCUCGGAGAAGGAAAUAUUCAGCAAUUUAGCAAGUAGUUCGCAAAUUAUGCUUCGAUCUACCAGAGGGGCACGACAAUACGAUGUCCCACAAAUAGAAUGUCCACCAGCUGCAGACGGUAUGGACAGGUUCGCCUGCCCUACACCGGAUCGGCAGGGCCGAUACCACUGCAUCGAUGAUCACGUCCUAUGCGACGGUUUCAUCGAUUGUCCUACAGGUGAAGACGAAGAUAGGCAAGCCUGUAUGUUCUAUAAAACGACUAAAGCGCACCUUGAUGUCCUGGCUGAUGCCUUACUCCAGUGGGCAAGGGGCCGUUAACACUGGCUACAAUGGAGAUAUAAGAGGGCCCUCGCUUGUCAGGUCCGUGAGCUCUCUUCUUAUCAACUACAUCUACAUUCUACUGGCCUACACAGAGAGUAAAAAGACUUCGCAAGCUUUAGACCCCUGGUCGCACUGCCAGAUGUAUAUAGUAUAAAAAAAAUUCAAGAAGAUGUAAAUAACCAAAGAAUCAAUAAAAAUCUGCGGCAGUACUUUCAUUAGAUUAGUAUCAAGAGAGCUGGAUGAAUGAUACAUGGAAUUGAAUCAACCGAGUUUCAAUAGAAUCCGAUAAAUUUAUACUUCAUAUAUGCUCUUGUCUCGAAUAUUCAAUUUUUAUUUGAAACGU